GUUGACCCCGACGACGUUCUCACCAAAGAAGAGCGGAUCUAUCUCCUGGUGGAAGCCAAGGAGAAAUGUCUCAGAGACAUAAAAGCCCAACUGGAGAAGAUCAAAGACUCCAGCUGCCUUCCCGAGUGGGACGGGAUCAUCUGCUGGCCCAAGGGCUCCCCGAGCCAGGAGGUGACGGUGCCCUGCCCCGACUACAUCUACGACUUCAACCAUCACGGUCAUGCCUACAGGUACUGCAGCGCCGACGGGACCUGGGCUGUGGCUCUCAGCAGCAACAAGACCUGGGCCAACUACACCGAAUGCGCUCUGCUCUUCUCCUCCCAGAGCCGCAGCCGCGAGAAGGAGGUGUUUGACCGCCUGCACCUGAUGUACACUGUUGGUUACUCCAUCUCCCUGGCCUCCCUCGUCGUCGCCGUCUGCAUCCUCUCCUACUUCAAGCGCCUGCACUGCACCCGCAACUACAUCCACGUCCACCUCUUCGCCUCCUUCAUCUGCCGGGCAGCCAGCAUCUUCGUCAAGGACAUGGUGCUCUACUCGGGGACGCUGGCCAGCGAGACGGAGAAGAUGCGCGAGGACGACUUCAAGGCAGAAAUGGGACCCUCGCCGGGACAACGGAGCCACCUGGUUGGCUGCAAGGUGGUGGUGACUCUCUUCCUCUAUUUCCUGGCCACCAACCACUACUGGAUCCUGGUGGAAGGGCUCUACCUGCACAGCCUGAUCUUCAUGGCCUUCCUCUCCAACAAGAACUACCUGUGGGUCCUCAUCAUCAUCGGCUGGGGUCUCCCCGCUGUGUUUGUGUCCGUCUGGGCCAGCGUCAGGGCCUCGCUGGCGGAUACGCAGUGCUGGGACCUCAGUGCAGGGAACAUGAAGUGGAUUUAUCAGGUCCCCAUCUUGGCUGCCAUCGUGGUGAACUUCUUCCUCUUCCUCAACAUCGUCCGGGUGCUGGCCUCCAAGCUCUGGGAGACGAACGCGGGGAAGCUGGACCCCCGGCAGCAGUACAGGAAGCUGCUGAAGUCCACGCUGGUGCUGAUGCCGCUUUUCGGAGUCCACUACGUGGUGUUCAUGGCCAUGCCCUACACCGAGGUCUCCGGGGUGCUGUGGCAGAUCCAGAUGCACUAUGAGAUGCUCUUCAACUCCUCUCAGGGUUUCUUUGUGGCUUUUAUCUACUGCUUUUGCAACGGGGAGGUGCAGGCAGAGAUUAAAAAAGCCCAUUUUCGGAGAAGCCUGGCGCUGGAUUUCAAGCAGA